AUGCCCAAAGAACAAGAUGAACGACCUGCAGACUCACGACCACAGUUGCAACAAGUGCAAACGUCAGAAUUGCUGAGCGGUGUGGAUGUGCGCUACGGAGAAAACACACCGUCACUUCCAUCGAGCACUUCUGAUGCAGCUACGGUGACACGGUGGGCAACCCCUCCAUCUCGUUUCCGCACUCCGGAGCAAAGCCACGAGAACUUGGAAGAUUCGAUAGAGACUCCUUUGAUCAGGGCAAGUGACUGGGAAGAUUCUCAUCAGAGAUACAAUAGCAAUAUGGUUCGAUUUGACGAACAGCAGAUACGAGGGAUGGAAGCCGAAGCCUCAAUGAGACCGAGAAGAAUGUCGUCUCAGGUGGAGGAUGAGAGUCCGCCGACUCCCAACAAUGACGAUACACCAUUUAUCCGAUUCGCGAUCGAUCAAUUGACGAGGGACGAGGAAGCGAGACGAGAAGCAAGAAGAGCUCAACAACUUGAGCAAGGCCAGCAACCAACUAAUUCGCAAAGCUCUGAAGAGUAUCCGGUGGAAAGAAUCAUUCCAGACGAAAAUCGUUACAUUCCCCAACGACCAACACGAGCAGAACUCGCACUCAUCAGAAAACAUCGUUCUACACCUGGACCAGGACGAUUAUUUGGGUUCAACGCCACGCCACCCCUCUCAACACCGCCUACUGAAGAAGAGGGAAGAGUACCCAUCAGAGUACCCCAACCAGCCCGCUCACCUCCUAACGAAAAAGAUGCCGAAAUAUUCAUUCCCACGCAACCUCCUCCCAAUACCAAACGAUACCCCGAGCUCAAAUUCCUUCCCACGAUUUUACGACCUGUUUCUUUACUAGCGAUUAUUACAUUAUGUCUUAUGAUGACUGCAGCGAUCAUGUUUUGCGCGAUCUAUUCGAAUUAUCACGAUGGUCUUUAUCCAUGGACUACCGGCGUUGAUGGGGGUCGAUAUUUUAUAUUUGGAUUUUUACCCCAGAUUCUCGGAGCGUGUAUAUUCUUAUAUGUUCAAUACGUAAUGGGGGCCAUUACGAGAAUAAUGCCCUAUGUACUAAUGGCGAUGGAAGAUGCGGAGCCCCGAACCAACGCGUUAUUUUUGGAAGCUUUUCCUCGUCAUAUGUUGUGGCCGAGAUGGGACGGUCCCAUGAUGAUCGAUAUUGGGGUAUCGUGUUUAUGGUUAUCUGUAUUCACGAUUCCGCUCCAGGGAUGUUUGUUUUCCGUAGUGUUGGUAGAGGGAAAUUGGAAAUGGACUGCUGUGCAAGGGAUUGCGUGGACGUUGGUUGCGAUCUACAUAUCGAUGUGUAUGGGAUUAGUUCUCAUCGGCGCUUUUUUCUUCCAUCGAACAACGGGAUUACUAUGGGAUCCUCGAUCGUUGGCUGAUUUGAUCGCGCUAUUACCACGAAGCAAUAGUCUUAGAGAUUAUCCAGGUACCGAGACCAUGAAAUCCAAACAGGAGAUCCGAGUCAAAUUAGCCGAUCGAAGCGAUCGAUUGGGAUAUUGGAGAACCCCUAGUCCGACACAAGGGAUUUUCUAUUCUAUUGGAGAAACGGGCGCGCCUAUAAGACGAUAUACCUUAGAAGGCGGAAAAGCAGAGAGAAAAGUAAGCAGCGGUAGCGGUAUCCCUGAUUUGGAAGAAAAUCGUUCGUCUCUCCAUGAUACCGCUACUCGAUUCCGAUAUAUUCCAUGGUUUUUGCGUGAUACCUUUGUGGUUCUGUGGUCUGUUACAGCUUUCUUUCUAUUGUUGGCUUUGAUCGUCGUAUCAUUCCUUCCGUCCACAGCCAUACGCCAUGGAUUUAACCCCUUAGUUGUUGCCGAUCCCAACGGAUCUGGAUACUCCGCUGCAAACUUCCUAUACAGUUUCAUCCCAUCUCUGCUCGGAAUGAUUCUCUACCUCCUCUUCCAACCCAUCGACAUGGCCUUCCGCAAACUCCAACCGUGGGCCGAACUCUCCAAUCCCGAUGGUUCGCCCGCAGUAAAAUCUCUCCUGCUCGAUUACCCCGCUUCUCUCCCCAUCCAAAGCACCAUUACCGCGCUUGGAAAUGGUCAUUUGCGAGUCGCGUGGUUUUCUCUCGUCUCCCUCCUCUUCAUCAUCCUUCCCAUUCUCGCAGGAGGAUUAUUCUUCCCCUUGACCAUCACUUCGGGGGAAGUCCGCAUGCUUCCCAAUCUUCCUUCUUUCUACAUCUGCCUCGCAUUCCUCAUCAUCUAUUUCCUGACUCUUUUGCUCACAAUCCCAAAAAGACACACCAUGUAUCUACCACAUCCGAUCGAUUGUCUAGCCGAGAUAAUUAGUUUCGUUCAUUCAAGUAACAUUCUAGAUGACGCGGCAUUUAGUGCUCCUCGAUCUAAGAUAGAUUUGGUGACGAGACUCGUGAGUACAUCCUCGCACUUCAAGGGAGAAGGAGCGAAAUAUGCAUUUGGGGUUGGGAUGGGAAGAGGUGGAAAAGAAGGCUUGGGAAUUGAGCGGUUAGGAAGAAGAGGAGUUGAUAAUGUCAUGAUUAUGGGGUAA